AUGUCUCAGACAGAUGAAUCUCCUACAACACUGUCAAAGACGCCAACUUAUGAAUAUUAUGGAUUUGUACUUUAUUUAUUAUCAUUCAUAGCAUUCGAUGAUAGUGCUAAUGUAGGACAAAAUUUAUCACAACUAUCGAAAAUCACCGAUGACUUUGUACCAGAGCUGCACGAUAUACCUAUCGAUAAUAGUUAG